GCUUAGAGAGCCAAUCUUAACUCCAAAUUAGGCAGAGCAGAGGGGGCAGAGUUGUGAAGAUCAGGUAGUACUAGUGACGAUGAAGAAUGGUGAUGAUGUUCUUGUUUUGGCCGUGGUGUGGCUGUAGGAAAGUUCAAAUCCAGGUAGCCAGUGGUGACUUUAUUGGGAUGAGGAGGAAACUUAUUGAGCCCCCAGUGGCACCGCUUGUGUCCACCAAGAGCCUGGCCGCUAGAGAAGACCUUCAAACAGAUGGUGCACGUGUGCACCUCUUCCUCAUCCUCCCCUGGCAGUUGCUGCUGGAUGGGACUCGGAUUCUGGUGGCCCUGGUCACCGUUAGACAGCAGCAACAAGCACGCUGCAACCUCAUAGUCAUCGCCAUCUCCUCCGCGGCAACAGAGACUGCUAGUGCUGCUGCUCUGAGGAGACAUGGUGGUGGUGGUGUUUGGUGGAGGAGGAGGGUUGAUGCCGCGCCAAUGCCUUUCCGGAUGGCAGCGCAUGUGCCCAUAAAGAGCCUUCCUCGACCAGAACCUCUUGCCGCACUCCGUGCACUGCUGUAGUGAUGAGUCGGCGGCGGCGCUUAAAUAAAUUAUCUACUCCGUACAUAAUUUGAGUGCAAAAGAUGAAAUAUACUAGUAUAGCUCUAAGGCCCUCCUUUGCCGCCUUUGUUUUCUUUUUAUUCCAGGCUCAAGCCGCCGCUGUUUUACUUCCCGCUGCAACGCUCCAUCACCGGAAUCCUUCUUCCGCCCUAUAUAUGGUCGCCGCCUGCCAUCUUUUCACUCUUCCUUAAUUUUGACAUAUACGCAAUAGUUGCCGGAAUUCAUACCCCGUCGUUACUCUCUCUCUAUCUGCUCGACCUUGUUCGGCCACUACUCCAUAAUCCCCACCGCCUCACUGCUGGACUGCUUGUAUUAUUUUUGUUUGAUAUCAGCACAACCGAUCGGAUUGUGAAUGGCUCUAACACUAUUGAGUGGUAGCUCUAGGGCGUCAUCAUUCUAUGCGCCACAAAAUAAUGGCAUUUUACCACGGGAAUUGACCAAGGGAUUUUAAGCGCGUAAGAUACCGACAAAUAUUGAGAACACCAGGAAAAUGAGAGAACAAACACAAGAAGAAUAUAUGAGAGAAAAAAAUUAUAUUUCCACUAUUUCAGGACAAUAUACAAAAAACUCUCCUCUGUUUACAAGGCUAAAUUCCAGACACUUAUAAACAGAUCUUUCCACAUCCUAUGCCCGGAUGUAUUUUUCCGAGUAACUAAAACUAGUUACUCCCU